UAGAACAUCAUGACCGAGUGAAAAUACUAAGAGUGCGUGUGUCUGAAAACAAAACAAAAAUAAGGUCCAUAUAGGCCGCCCCGGCCGUGAGUUAAUUCAGUUCUUGAGUGGGAUUUGGUACCACCCCGCUUGUUAACCGUAGACACGAGUCUCUUUCCUCCGCCUCGUUAGCACGGGCAUGGUUUACAAUAUAUCCAUUUAGUAAUUUCUUAUGAGGCUCCGCCCCACCCCCGUCAGUCAGUUCAGUGUUUCUGAAGGAUCCACCGCACGGUCCCUGUGAGACAGUGCUACUGUACAUUAUGCAGUUUAACAAAUAGCGGAAAGCACAGCGAUCGCUUACCGCAACCACAAGGACAUGAGGCCGCCUUCGUUAUAUACUGACCCACCACAGCUGUAACAAAAGGAUAAUCUGCGUAGGGGCUUCUGAGUACAAGCGUAAGCAACAAUGAUUCCAGUCACAGAGUUCCGGCAGUUCUCAGAGCAGCAGCCAGCAUUCCGAGUGCUGAAGCCUUGGUGGGAUGUCUUUACAGACUACCUUUCAGUAGCCAUGCUCAUGAUCGGAGUGUUUGGGUGCACCUUGCAGGUAAUGCAAGAUAAAAUCAUCUGCCUACCCAAAAGAAUUUCCAUGGCAAACCAAACCCUCCUUCUUAACUCCACUGCUGAGCCUGCACCAGCGCCCCCUCUACCCCCACCUGCCCAGCCCUCCCCAGCUUCGGGCGUCAGUGAAAUGAAGGGGCUGAAAACCAACCUGGACAUCCAGCAGUACAGCUUUAUAAACCAGAUGUGCUACGAGCGGGCGCUGCACUGGUACGCAAAGUAUUUCCCCUAUCUGGUGCUCAUACACACGCUCGUCUUCAUGUUGUGCAGUAACUUCUGGUUCAAGUUUCCGGGGUCGAGCUCUAAAAUCGAGCAUUUCAUAUCUAUACUGGGGAAGUGUUUCGAUUCCCCUUGGACUACCCGGGCUCUGUCUGAGGUGUCGGGAGAAAACCCAGAAGAGAAGGACAAACCGAACUUAAACAUGCUGGUGACGGACGACAACUCGGGAAAAACGCAGCCCCUGAAAUCGGUCCCAGAAAAGCUUGUGGUCGACAAGCCUACGGCAGGAGCACUUGACAAAAAGGAAGGAGAACAGGCCAAGGCAUUGUUUGAAAAGGUCAAGAAAUUCAGGCUGCAUGUAGAGGAGGGAGAUCUGCUUUACAGCAUGUAUGUUCGACAAACAGUCCUGAAGGUCCUAAAGUUCCUAAUUAUUAUUGUCUAUAACAGCGCGCUGGUGUCCAAAGUGCAGUUUACAGUCAGCUGCAAUGUGGACAUACAAGACAUGACUGGAUACAAACAUUUCUCCUGUAAUCACACAAUGGCACACUUGUUCUCCAAACUCUCUUUUUGCUACCUGAGUUUAGUUAGUGUGUACGGGCUGACGUGUCUCUAUACUUUGUACUGGUUGUUCUACCGCUCCCUCAAAGAGUACUCUUUUGAGUAUGUGCGUCAGGAGACAGGGAUCGAUGAUAUCCCGGAUGUGAAAAACGACUUUUCCUUCAUGCUUCACAUGAUCGAUCAGUACGAUCCUUUGUACUCCAAGAGAUUCGCUGUCUUUCUGUCCGAAGUCAGUGAAAACAAAUUAAAGCAGCUCAACUUGAACAAUGAGUGGACUCCUGAUAAACUUCGUCAGAGGCUGCAGACAAACAGCAGUAACAGACUGGAACUGCAGCUUUUUAUGCUCUCCGGCCUUCCAGACACAAUAUUCGAAGUAGCAGAGCUUCAGUCCCUGAGGCUGGAGAUCAUAAACAAUGUUACAAUACCGGCAUCGAUCGCCCAGCUUGAGGACCUCCAAGAGCUUGCCCUCUACCAGUGUUCUUUAAAAAUCCAUUCCGCAGCCACCUCAUUUUUGAAAGAAAACUUAAAGGUCUUGAGAGUGAAGUUUGAUGACAACCGGGAGCUGCCACAUUGGUUAUACUGUCUUAGAAAUUUAGAGGAACUUCACCUCACUGGUUCCUUAAGUCCUGACGUCUCUAAAAACAUUACGCUUGACUCCUUACGGGAGCUGAAGAGUCUUAAAACGCUCUCCUUAAGAAGCAACUUCACCAAAAUCCCACAGUGUAUUGUCGACGUUUCCAGUCACUUGCAGAAGCUUUACAUUCACAACGACGGCACUAAAUUGGUCAUGCUAAACAACCUGAAGAAAAUGACCAACCUGACUGAGUUAGAGCUGGUGCACUGUGACCUGGAGAGAAUACCGCACGCAGUGUUCAGCCUCGUAAACCUCCAAGAGCUGGACUUGAAGGAAAACAACCUCAAAUCUAUUGAGGAGAUUCUCAGCUUUCAGCAUCUGCAUAAACUGACCUGUCUGAAACUGUGGCACAAUGGAAUACCCUACAUCCCAGAGCACAUUAAAAAACUGAAGAGUCUGGAGAGGCUGUAUUUCAGCCACAAUAAAAUCGAGGUUCUGCCUUCUCACCUCUUUCUGUGCAACAAGCUCCGAUUCUUGGACUUGUCUUACAAUGACAUUCGGUUCAUCCCCCCCGAAGUCGGGGUUCUGCAGAGUCUCCAGUACUUUUCCAUUACUUGCAACAAAGUUGAAAGUCUGCCUGACGAGCUUUAUUUUUGCAAGAAGCUUAAGACCUUAAAAAUAGGAAAGAACUCUUUGUCUCUGCUGUCUCCAAAGAUUGCUAAUUUAGUUUUAUUGACGCACUUAGACCUCAAAGGCAAUCACUUUGAAGCUCUCCCCGCUGAACUGGGUGCCUGUAAGGCUUUGAAGCGAAGUGGCCUGAUUGUGGAGGAUGCCUUGUUUGAAACUCUGCCUUCUGAAGUCAGGGAGAAAAUGAAAGUGGAGUAAUCUACGUCAUCUUCUAAAAUGCCAAAUGUCUUAAUAUGACUAUCAAUCUAGACUGUUACAAAGUGGCAUUUCUAACUAGUUUCUUAUUAAGCUACAGUAUUAUAUGUGUUUGAUAUAUAUUUAAGAUUUGCUACUGUAUUUUAGUGUUUACAUCCAACAUUUUAUUGGCACUUGUUUUUUUACACACACACACUCAUAUAUAGGAACAGGUUUCAGAGAAGGUAGAACUGCAGUGUACAAAAAUGAAGGCUGACAAGAAGAAAAAAUAUUUAAAAAAUAAUGUACACAAAAAGUUGAAAUAAUUAAAAAAUCAUUUAUUUCAGGACGUUUCGGGCAAAACCCUUCAGCUGUGUUACUUUUCUUUCUACACAGCUGAAGAAACGUCCUGAAAUAUUUUAAAUGUAGCUACUAAGAUGCGUGUGUGAAGAUUUUAUACUUAUGGGCGACUACAUAACCAUGCUGGUAUAUGAAGACAUUAGAAAUUGCACAGAUUAUUUUAUACAGUGUUUCAAUCCCAUAAAUGCUCCAUAAAGAUUAUUUACAGAAUUAUGUGCGCUCUGCUUAAUUAACCCCAGAACCAUACGCCAUAAGUGCAGUGUCACACGUUCCACUGUCAGUGUGGUCUGAUUGUUCAGGCUUUCAUGUUCCUGUAGAAUAUCUCUAAGCAGCUUCACUUUUCACAGCUUGUUUUCGACAGUCAAGGCUGUUUUGUUUUAUUUUUUGUGAGGGGUAGGACCAGUGAAAAACGUGGUAUUGUUCCUGGGUUACAGAUCUGUGAAAGCCGCCACUGAUGGUUGCUUGUGUUCUGAUGUGUUUAUCACACACAAGGACAGUCUUUGAUUACUGACUAGGUUACACAGUGCAGUGUUUAGAAUCAAUGAGCUGGUGUAUAGUACCUGCCUGAGGUGUUCGCUGGUUUAAAAAUUUAACUCUUAUUCACACAGCUACAUUAUCAUUAGGACCCCUAGUGCUCAAUAUCUUUUGGUUUGUUUUUAUAUACUUUAAUUCAGGAAAGGGAGAUAUUUCUGUAGUAUUUUAGUUGAGGGGGGGGGGGUCCUGAUUUUAAAUAAAAAAAACAAGCAGCAAAUAACUACUGUGUUUUCAUUAGAAUUAAGAGGAGGCCACAGAUGGGAUUGUUUUUGCUAUUUAGAAGAAGGAAAGGUAGGCAUGGGUAUCCAAAUAACAAAAAGUACCCAAACCACCUGGGCCUACCUCUUUUUAAAGUCUUGUUUAUCGCUCAUUAAAAACAACGUUUGAAGCCGUGCGUAAUUCCUAUGUCUGAAAUACAUUUUACGUCCAUUGACAGAAUGGCAAAUGCUUUCAGCGACUGAUGUGUAUGUUUGACUCUGUGAAGAUUAAUGUGAAGAAGUGUCUUUGUGUGCAGAUCAGUGAAUGCAGUGUCUGCAUUCCUGCAGCUACUGUGAUCACUUCCUGCGUUGCAGUUGCAUUUUGUAGCCUUAAAAACAACACAGGAAAUGUUCAAUUAAAAAUGUUAAUACUGAAAAUGAAAUGAAAAGAGUAUUCUAGAUGGUUUUCUGUUUAUUUAGUCUGUUUGUUCCUCUUGCUACAGUAACUAAGCAAUUUCUUAUAUAAGUAGUAUACAUUAAAAUACUUUGUAUAAUGUUUGCUUUAGUAACAUGUUUGGUUGUAUACAAAAAGGUGCUUAACAUGUUUCUUUAAAAAAAAAUGUACUUCAUUGGGUAUUAUUUAUACAUAUAAAUUAAUUUGUUGAGGAUCUGCAGGUUAUUAAAAGUAUAUGAGUUUGUGUUAUAACAUAUAAAACAAAAUAAAGUUUGAAAUAUACAAUAAAUAAUCAUACAUGCCAUAUAUUAAUGUUCAAUAUUUAUUCAAUGUUUAUCCAUAGACAUGCAUUCUUUUAUACCAGACAGUAAAUGUGAUUUACCAAAAAGUAUUUGCACUUUUGAAGGCUUUUCAUCAUGAGUUUUCUUAUUCAGCUUUUAUAUUAAAAAAAUAUAUGUUGGCGCUACCAUCAGCAUUACAAAUUUAAAAAGUUAUCGCAGAAACAGCUCUUUUACAUCUCAGAUGCAUAUUUCUUUGAGUUUUUAUCAAGCUUCUGUAAUGUUUAAUUGCUCACAUGCUGUGUACAUUCAGAUUAGCUCAAAGUUGGGUUUGUUCUAAAAAAAAAAAAAAAACUAAAAAAAACAAUAAAACAUAUUUUAUAUGAAAGCCUGUAGGUGGCACAGCCUGGUAAUUUUUUCAGAAAUGUCCGACGACAGUCUUUAAACACCCACAGGAAUAAAUGUUCUGAAGCAGUUCACUGUUUAAAUGUUUUUGGCAUAGAAAGAGGUUUCGUUUUCCGAUGGUUGGUUUCUUACAUACUGUGAGUGAAAACUGAAAAGUAUUUACACUUCCUAACAGCAGAGGGCAGUGGAGAGCACAUCCUAAAAUGGAUAAGGUUGUGGAGGAGUGAAAGAAACCUUAAUGUGAUAUUGAAAUAUAUGAAAUCAUAAUUUUAAAUAGAGUUAAUAAUUCUGUAUUUUCAAUAACACGUCGCAUCCUACCUCUUAUAAGAAAAAAAUAAUCAAAAUGGAAAAAUCCCUAAAUAGAUACUAUUCAUUACUUCUCCACUAGAAAUAUACUACGAAUAAAUAACUGGAAUUAGUCAGGAUCGUAUUUGUUUUGGUGCUGUUACAGUUCCAGUCUUAUGGCUUUUGAGGUAUGACCUUGCUUAAAAGUAGGUCUGCAGAUAAGAUGGGUUUACAUAAGGAGUAUAAUUGCCUGUACUUUAUUUAACAAUAAAUAUAUCAGCCCCUUUUUGAAUAGAAAGAGCCCAUUCACACUUUAGGAAGUUUAUUUUCAACUGUGUUCCAUUUUGUUAGUUUAAAUGGUCCAGUCAAACUAAUUCAAGUUCAUUUUAGGCCUACAAGCACAGUUUA